CAGUAAGCGUUAUAUGAUGUUUAGAUGUGGAUUUGAUCUGCACACCAGGCAAUCUGUAGGCCAGCCAGGUGUAGGUGUCAAGGUUUAGUUGUCUCUGAUGUGACAGUGGAUAGAGGGACAGAACGACAGCUCCAGGCUGGCAGGUAGGUACCGGUGAUAAAGACAAGGCAGGUUUCAGGCAGAGACCUCUGGAGGAGUGGUCCCAGAGUUCAGAAAAAUAAGGGUUAAGAGUCUAACGUUAAAGCUCCAGAUGAAGGACAUUAAGCGGUCUAUGAGAGUGAGGAACCCCAUGGUCCGAGAAUGUAUGGGAGAGCUGCUCGGAACCUUCGUUCUUAUGCUGUUUGGCUGCGGUGGAGCCGCCCAGGUGAAGACCAGUAGAGAAACUAAAGGAGAGUAUCUGUCAGCCAACUUGUCUUUCUCUGUAGGGGUCAUGUCUGCCAUGUACAUCUGCAUGGGAAUCUCAGGAGCCCAUCUGAACCCAGCUGUAACUUUGAGUUUCUGUUCAUUGGGCAGGGUUCCCUGGGUGAAGCUAGUGCCAUACUCUCUGUGUCAAGUGUUGGGAGCUUACCUGGCCUCUGGCCUGGUCUUCCUGGUCUACUAUGAUGCUAUCAUGGAGUACAGUGGGGGAACUCUCACUGUGUAUGGGCCAAACGAGACAGCCUCUAUCUUUGCCACAUAUCCCAUAGAGAACCUCUCUCUCAGCAGCAGCUUCCUGGACCAGGUGGUGGGCACUGCUAUGUUAUUGCUCUGCAUUCUUCCAUUGGAUGACAAAAAGAACAGGCCGGCCCCCAGCGCCCUGAUCCCGCCCAUAGUUGCCGCAGUAGUCCUAGGAAUCGGCAUGUCAAUGUCGUCCAAUUGUGGUGGAGCAAUAAACCCUGCUCGUGAUUUGGGGCCACGCCUUUUCACACUGACCGCUGGCUGGGGCACAGAAGUGUUCACGUGUUAUAACUACUGGUUCUGGGUGCCCCUGACGGCUCCUCUGUUAGGAGGGGUGGUUGGAGCUGGUAUGUACAUGGUCCUCAUCGCAUGGCACCUGCCAGACCUUCCUACUGACCUCCAAAUUGACCCUCCUAGAGACCCCAUGGCCAUUGUUGAGAUGUGGAAUCUGCCCCCAGCAGCAGAGAAAGAAGGAUUUGAGGACUGGAAGCUGUCCCCAGCACCAGAGAAGAAAGAGCUGGAGUUUAAAACUGCUAUCUGCUAGAUUCAAGGCUUGAGUGAGAAUAUUUCUCUAACAGGACCUUUAAUCAGUAGGACAGGCAGCUAUAAAAGAAGUAAUAACCUGUGCUAUUAUUUAAGGUUCAUAAUGUUCAUAACAGUCUUACACUUAUGCCAAUAAAUAAUCAGUACUGUUU